GAGGGAAAGUUAUCUGAGGACAAGGACAAUUCAGGAAGUGGGUUGAGAGGACGCCUUACUCUCCGUAAGCCCGACGAGACACCUGUUUGCGCGCAACUAAACAAAGUCAUCCGCUAUUUGCCAAUUUGCAUGUAGCCUACUAAUUUAAGCUAUAACUUUAAAGAUAUGGAAAAAAAUCUAUACUUUUAUUUAGGCUAAAUAAAAACGCGAAACAACGAAUACAACCAUUCUGAAUCCAACCAUGGCAUAGUUCAUUUAGUGGCGUUAACCAUCAAUCUUUACGCCUAUAAGGAGCACUUGAUCUCAUAUAACCAACAUCUCGGAGCGUGCGGAACUGUGCGUGGCGCAUGCAGGAAACCCAUCAUUACCGCCUCUCAGCCACAUUUCGUUUCUUUUUCGGUGGAGGCUUCAAAUUCAGUCACUUGCCGUAGCCUGUCUUCUCAAGAAAAAUAUGGUCUUCAAACGGGAAAUGUUGCCAUGUGGACAGAGGAACAGAUGAACAUUAAAGAGGUAACAGUAAAGAUUAAGGACCCACUGAUGCCAUCAACGUCCAGUCAUGGUCCAAGUCACCACCUCAUAUGUAGACUUGGGGGGGUGUUCUGGCUAGUGACUGUAGUCUAUCUCCUCCUCUACCUGGGAGAGAACAGUAGAUUGGGAGACAGACUAAAUGCUCCUUAUCCAAGUGGGAAAAGUGUGCCCAAGAGUGUUUGUGGUCUUCCAGAGAGGGUGAACCCUCUGGUCCACGUCAAUGGCUCCAGGACUUAUUUAGUCUCAUCGUACAUGGAGCAUCGGUCGAGAUCGCAAAUCCGCACGAUAGCUAUUGUGAAACGUACGGAGGCUGUCAGCUACUCCUGCUUGUUUUGCUGUGAUGAAGAACUCAUCAGGACUAGCAAUGCCGAGCAAGAGAUCCACUCCGACCAUUUUGGAUUUAACUUUGGCGCGGCAGACAUCUUGUGCUCGGUCCCCGAAAAUUGCUUGUCGCCCUCCCAUGUGGCAAUUCACAAGUCGCCUCUCGGGAACCAGAAGCCGUCUAUUCUCCCCAUUCGGAACCAAGAGACGCGUACUGAGUCCUUCCCUUACCAGUUUACCGUCUGUAUCUCCGUGAUGUAUGAUUACACCAACGUCCUGCAGUUGGUGCAGACCCUGGAGAUGUUCCGACUACUGGGGGCCCAGCACGUAGCUAUCUACAAAUCCAGCUGCAACACAGCCACGCAGAGAGUACUGGAUUAUUACAUCAAGGAAGGCUUUGUCGAGAUCAUUCCCUGGCCCAUAACGCAGUAUAUCAAUGUGUCGCGAGGGUGGCAGCCAUCCGUGUCUCCAGGAGAGCUGCAUUACUUUGGACAAAUUGCUGCGCUGAACGACUGCGUUUACCGUUUCAUGUACCAAACACGGUACGUGGUGCUGCAGGACUUGGACGAGGUUAUUGUGCCGGUCAAGGUAAACAGCUGGACGGAACUGCUGCCUGUGUUAGAACAGAAGCACGGCAGUCAAACUAGCUUUGAGUUUCAGAACCAUGUGUUCCGGAACACGGUGGGCGGGAGGAACGCGGCAGAGCGGCCGAGGGAGUGGCAGGGCAUCUCUGGCGUGGACAUCUUGGAUCACAUCUGGCGCGAGCCGAACUACCCCAACGUGUUCAAUAACUUCAAGGUGAUCGUUGAUCCCCGAACGGUCUACCGCACGACGGUGCAUGGCCUCCUGUCAUCUGACAGCAGAGGGGUCCGUGUUGAUGCUGACGUGGCCAGGAUGUACCACAUCAGAGCUCCCUGGCAGCAGGACGUCACCAGGGAGGAACUUAUAAAGGACGAGCGCCUUUGGGAUUAUGCCCCUCGUCUCAUCCCCGCCGUUUCACAUGUGUUAAAUAAGACCUCUACAAAAUAGUGUGCCGUAAUACUAUAUGAUGUCAUCUAGCGGCUGUAUUGGUUUUUACAUAUCCAUUAUGUUGUCAGGUAAAUAAAUCUUUUGUCAGGUAAAUAAA